UUCGCCCCGGGACUGACGCCGAUGUGGUCAGGGCAGCUGAGGAAGGGACCCAGAGUGCUCGCUCGGCUCGUAAACAUUGAGCCACAGCGGAACAAAGUUCAGUCUUUUGCCGUCGCUGCCGGCACCUGCCCGACUCAACGCGGUGAAGUUACCGGUCCACCCCUAGCCGGAGUGCGGUUUGCGGCAAUCGCAAACGGCGUUGAGCGCGCUUGAGCUCCAGCAGCACCAAUGGAAACCCUUUUCCAAGGAAACGCGAAGGAAUGCCCACAGCCGGUUCGUGCCGAACUACAGGGCAAGCUUCCCGAGUGGUUGAGUGGAACGCUGAUUCGCAACGGGCCGGCCCUGCACACGUUCGGAACCACCUCGUACAACCACUGGUUCGACGGGAUGGCGCUCCUCCACAGUUUCACGUUCCUUGGGGGUGAGGUUCACUACCGCAGCAAGUACCUGCAGAGCGACGCCUUCCGCAAAAACUCGGAGGCCAACAGGAUCGUCAUCUCGGAGUUUGGCACCAUGGCGCACCCCGACCCCUGCAGGAACGUCUUCGCCAAGGCCUUCUCCUACCUCUCCUACUCCGUGCCAGAGUUCACCGACAACUGCCUCAUCAACGUAAUGAGGUGCGGGGAGGAUUUUUACGCCACCACGGAGACCAACUUCAUGCGUCGGAUCGACGCGAGCUCACUCAACACCCUCGAGAAGGUGGACUACACCAAAUACGUGGCCAUCAACAUCGCCACGUCCCACCCGCACUACGAGCCGGAUGGAACAGUCUACAACGUGGGCACAUCCAUCGCAGACAAGGGCCACACCAAGUACACGUUCAUCCGCGUGCCGCCCACGUUGCCAGGCGAGCGGCCCAACUCCGGCCUCCGUGGCCUCGAGGUGCUGUGCACGCUGCCGUCCCGCUGGCGAUUCAGCCCCAGCUACUACCACAGCUUCGGCCUCACGCCCCACUACCUCGUCUUCAUCGAGCAGCCGCUCAAGCUCGACCUCGUCAAGCUGGCCACCGCCUACUUCCGCGGCGCCAACUGGGCCAGCUGCAUGACCUGGCUGCCCGAGGACAAGAGCCGCUUCUACCUGAUCGACCGGCGGACGGGCAAGGCGCUGACCACGCACUUCGUGAGCGAGCCCUUCGUGGUGUACCACCACGUGAACGCGUUCGAGCGCGGCGGCUGCGUCUUGUGCGACGUCGUCGCCUACGACGACAACAGCCUCUACGACAUGUUCUACCUGCGCAACCUGCGCAAGACCGCCGCCGACUUCACCGAGGACAACAAGAUGAGCUGCCUGCCGCAGUGCCGCCGAUACGUCCUGCCGCUGGGCGUCGGAAAGGAGUCUCCGGUCUCCCAGAACCUCGUGUCUCUUGCCGGCUCGAAAGCGAGCGCCGUCAAGGAGGAGGGAGGACACGUGGUCCUCACUCCAGAGCUUCUAGCAGAGGGAAUCGAACUCCCUCGCAUCAACUACAACUACAACGGCAGGGAGUACCGCUACAUCUACGCAGCCCAAAUCGAGUGGAGACCCGUGCCCACCAAGAUCGUGAAGGUGGACACGCACACGGGCGAGAAGCUGGAGUGGCAGGAGGGCGGCUGCUGGCCUGCGGAGCCGGUGUUCGUGCCGACGCCCGGCGCUCAGGAGGAGGAUGACGGCGUGGUGCUGUCGUCCAUCGUGACGAGCGAGCCCGGUAAGCCGGCGUUCCUGUUGGUGCUGGACGCUCGGUCGUUCCGCGAGGUGGCGCGAGCCUCCGUCCACGGCGCUGACGUGCCGAUUGACCUGCACGGCCUCUUCCUGCCCGACCCCAAGUAGCGGCCAAGCCACCAGCAGCAGUGGCAGCAGCGGCAGUGGCAGCAGCGGCAGCAGCAGCAGUGGCAGCAGCAGCAGUGGCAGCAGCAGUGGCAGCAGCAGCAGCAGUGGCAGCAGCAGCAGUGGCAGCAGCAGCAGUAAUUAGUCGUGCGUCACGGGAAGGCGACGAUGAGAAUAUGUCGCAGCGUGGUAUCAUGAUGGGGAUAUCUCGCACGGUGAUCAUGAUGGGAAUAUCACAAUAUAAUAUCAUGAUGGGAAUAUCAGAAUAUGAUAUGAUGGGAAUAUCACACAAUGUGAUAUCAUGAUGUAAACAUCUCGCAAUAUAUCACGAUGUCAAUACCUCGCGAUAUGAUAUCAUGAUGAGAAUCUUGCAAUAGAUCACCACGCGAAUCUCGCAUUAUGAUAUGAUGAUGACGAGAGUAUUUCGCGACGUCACGAUCUCGCGGGAGGAAUAUUACCGUGGCAAAAUAUUGCGUGAAUUAUGGAACACCAAAGUAGAGGAUCUAAU